AUGGCGAUGAGUAUAUCAACAGAGGUUAUCAACAAUGGGAGCAAGGGACCCCCGGUCAGCUCACGGGUCAGCCUGCCGACCACAAAACCUUGCCCAGGACUGAGAGAAGAAAAACUAGCGAGUAUCAUGAGUAAGCUGCCGCUGGCCACGUCCAAAAAGCUCGAGUCCACACAGGGCGCACAUUCGUCCAGUCUCAUCGCUGGCCACAGCGGGCCAGUACCAAAGAAACCCCAGGACUUAGCCCAUACUGGCAUCUCUUCAGGCCUUAUCGCGGGGUCCUCCAUUCAGAACCCUAAAGUCUCCCUGGAACCUUUGCCGGCCAGGCUGCUGCAGCAAGGCCUGCAGAGGUCCAGCCAGAUCUCGGCUGCUUCCUCUGCCCAGGCCCACGCCCCCUCCUCGUCCCAAGCCCCAGCCGCCGCCUCUGCUCACUCUCUGGGAACAUCGGAGGCUCCAGACGCGUCCUCCUUGACACAGGUCACCAAGGUGCACCAGCACGCCGCUGUCCAGCAGAACUACGUGUCUCCCCUGCAGGCCACCAUCAGCAAAUCCCAGACCAACCCUGUGGUGAAGCUGAGUAGCACCCCCCACCUCUCCUGCCAGACCCCGCUGGUGAAGACGUCGGAGAAACCGCUUGUCUACCGCCUGCCCCUGUCCACACCCUUGUCUGGAAACGGCUCCCAAGGGGCUCACCCCCUGGUCUCUAGGACAGCGCCCAGCACCACUACCUCCACUAACUAUCUGGCCAAGGCCAUGGUGUCGCAGAUCUCCACGCAGGGUUUCAAGUCCCCGUUCUCGAUGACUGCGUCCCCCAAACUCGCGGCCUCUCCCAAACCGGCCACGUCUCCGAAACCCUUGCCCUCACCCAAGCCUUCUGCCUCCCCCAAGCCCUCUCUGCCAACCAAGCCUUCGGUAGCGACUAAACUGGUUUCCAAGUCCGGCCCGGCCCCCAAGCCCACUGUGUCCCCGAGCUCGUCUAGUCCGAAUGCCCUCGUCGCCCAGAGUGCUCACUCCAGCAGUGCCGCCCCUGUCCACAAGCAGCCCAGCGGGACGAGCCUCAGCAGACAGCCCCCCACUCUGAACCUGCUGCCCGCCAGCCGCACCUCCGGCCUUCCAUCUGCGAAAAGCCUUCAGGCCUCGGCCAAGCUCACAAACUCCUCGCCUGCCGGCUCUGCAGGAAAGACUAGCUUGAGUGGGGUUGCAGGCACUGUACCCGCCAGCAGAGGCGGCGGCCUGAACGCCAGCGGACCCAACAGGACUAGUGUGUCCGGGGGAACAGGAAGUGGAACACAGGGUGCUACUAAACCGUUGUCUGCUCCACACAGACCACCCUCUGCCUCAGGAUCUUCGGUGGUAACAGCCAGCGUGCAGUCCACAGCAGGAGUGUCAUUACUGGCUAAUGCCUCACCUCUGACUCUCACGACAUCACCUUUGUCUGUAACAAAUCAAAAUGUGACUCCUUUUGGGAUGCUGGGUGGCCUUGUUCCAGUGACCAUGCCCUUCCAGUUUCCCUUGGAGCUACUUGGCUUUGGAACGGACACAGCUGGAGUGACCGCCACCUCGGGAUCUACCUCAGCCGCUUUCCACCACAACCUGACUCAGAAUUUACUAAAGGGUUUACAGCCGGGAGCUCAGCACGCAGCAUCACUCUCCCACUCCCCCCUGCCUGCUCACGUGCAGCAAACAUUUCACGAUGGAGGCCAAAGUAAAGGAGACACUAAAGUACCACGGAAAUCUCAGUGA